AAUUGACUUCAAGACAUCUUCGGCAAUGGAGCCUAGUGGCUAGAGCGUUGGGCCAGUAACUGAAAGGUUGCUGGAUCAAAUCCCUGACAAAGUAAAAAUCUGUCAUUUUGCUCCUGAUUAAGGCAGGUGUUCCACUGGCGCCGAAGACGUGGAUAUCGAUUAUGGCAGCCCCCCACACCUCUCUGAUUCAGAGGGAUUGGGUUAAAUGCGGAAGACACAUUUCAUUUGAAUGCAUUCAGUUGUACAACUGACUAGAUAUCUCCCUUUCCCUUUCAAUGGAUUCAGACGAGUCUAGAGCCUCAGCCAGUUCCCAACAGACAGAGAUAGACUGGAGUAGAGAGAGACAGACGUACCAGAGCCUAGACUAUGGUUCAGCACCUCUAACAGGGAACAGCAGUAUCAACCAUAACAUGCCAGAGGUAACCCCUAACCUCCAUGCUAACCUCAUCCAGCCUGGUAGUAUAGUAUUCAGUCUGCUGUCUUCCUCGGAGCCCACUCUACAACAGGUCAGCAGAUUUGAGGCAGCUUUCAGCAUACUGGAGGAGAACAGGGUGGAGGUAGCCUUCAGCAGGCUGGAGGAGAACAGGGUGGAGGUAGCCUUCAGGAGACUGGAGGAGAACAGGGUGGAGGUAGCCUUCAGCAUACCGGAGGAGAACAGGAUGGAGGCAGCCUUCAGCAUACUGGAGGAGAACAGGGUGGAGGUAGCCUUCAGCAUACUGGAGGACAACAGGGUGGAGGCAGCCUUCAGCAUACUGGAGGACAACAGGGUGGAGGCAGCCUUCAGCAGGCUGGAGGAGAACAUGGUGGAGGAGAACAGGGUGGAGGCAGCCUUCAGCAGGCUGGAGGAGAACAUGGUGGAGGAUAACAGGGUGGAGGCAGCCUUCAGCAGGCUGGAGGAGAACAUGGUAGAGGAGAACAGGGUGGAGGCAGCCUUCAGCAGGCUUGAGGAGAACAUGGUGGAGGAGAACAGGGUGGAGGCAGCCUUCAGCAGGCUGGAGGAGAACAGGGUGGAGGCAGCCUUCAGCAGGCUGGAGGAGAACAGGGUGGAGGAGAACAGGGUAGAGGCAGCCUUCAGCUGGCUGGAGGAGAACAUGGUGGAGGUAUCCUUCAGGAGACUGGAGGAGAACAGGGUGGAGGUAGCCUUCAGCAUACUGGAGGAGAACAGGAUGGAGGCAGCCUUCAGCAUACUGGAGGAGAACAGGGUGGAGGUAGCCUUCAGCAUACUGGAGGACAACAGGGUGGAGGCAGCCUUCAGCAGGCUGGAGGAGAACAGGGUGGAGGUAGCCUUCAGCAGGCUGGAGGAGAACAGGGUGGAGGCAGCCUUCAGCAGGCUGGAGGAGAACAUGGUGGAGGAGAACAGGGUGGAGGCAGCCUUCAGCAGGCUGGAGGAGAACAGGGUGGAAGCAGCCUUCAGCUGGCUGGAGGAGAACAGGGUGGAGUCAGCCUUCAGCAGGCUGGAGGAGAACAUGGUGGAGGCAGCCUUCAGCAGGCUGGAGGAGAACAGUAAAGAGAGCUCUGUCUCUGUCAAGAGUCCAGCAAUAACCAAUACAGGACUGGUUCAGGUGAAAAUAUGCAGUGAAGGAGAGCAGUAGAAUGGGCCAGGUGCCAGGUAGUGUAUCUAAAGACAGGUCAGGUGUGGCCUCUAGCAGCAGAUCAGAUAACAACAGGUCAGGUGUGGCCUCUAGCAGCAGAUCAGAUAACAACAGGUCAGGUGUGGCCUCUAGCUGCACAUCAGAUAACAACAGGUCAGGUGUGGCCUCUAGCUGCACAUCAGAUAACAACAGGUCAGGUGUGGCCUCUAGCAGCAGUUCAAUAGCAGGACAGAACACAACAUGCUUCAGUGGGAAAACUACAUCUGUAAGUAGCUAGACAGUAGAUAGUUUAGACCAUGUUGCCAAUGAAGAGCAAAAUUAACUGAUAAUGAAGAUAUCACAUCAAUAUCAGAAGCCUCUCAGCGCUCCUCCUUCAAUAUAUUUAAGCCCAAUACUACAUCCAGAUUUACAACUACAUCCAGAUUUACUACUACAUCCAGAUUUACUACUACAUCCAGAUUUACUACUACAUCCAGAUUUACUACUACAUCCAGAUUUACUACUACAUCCAGGACCACUACUACAUCCAGAUUUACAACUACAUCCAGAUUUACUACUACAUCCAGAUUUACUACUACAUCCAGAUUUACUACUACAUCCAGAUUUACUACUA